AUGACAGUGGUUGAAAAAGUGGGUAUAUUUGUUUAUACUAUUGCAUUGGGUCUCUCUAAUAGAGAUGUUUGUGAGCGAUUUCAACGUUCUGGUGAGACUAUUAGUAGAACCAUUACCCAAGUUUUAGAAGCGAUUUGUGGUAGAAAUAAAGGUUAUAUGGGUCUUGCACGGGAUGUUAUACAACCAAAGGAUCGAAACUUUCAAUUCAUACCACCUCAAAUCGCCAAUGAUACAAGAUACAUGCCUUAUUUUAAGGAUUGUAUUGGAUGCAUUGAUGGUACUCAUGUGGCAGCAUGUAUUCCCGAGGCUGAUCAAUUGCGUUAUAGAGGGAGAAAAGACAUCCCCACUUUCAAUGUCAUGGCUGUGUGUGACUUUGAUAUGUGUUUUACAUUUUUGUCUGUUGGGUGGGAAGGAUCAGCACAUGAUACACGUGUUUUUCUUCAUGCGAUUAACACGCCAACAAUGAAUUUUCCUCAUCCUCUACAAGGUCGAUAUUAUUUGGUUGAUAAAGGAUAUCCGGAUAGACUGGGAUAUUUAGUACCGUAUCCCAAAAUAAGGUACCAUCAAUCGCAGUUUCAAAGAGAGGCGCCAACCAAUGCUAAAGAAACUUUUAAUCGUGCGCAUUCAUCUCUUCGUAGUUGUAUUGAGAGGUCAUUUGGAGUCUUGAAGAAAAGAUGGAAGAUUCUUCACCAAAUGCCACAGUAUAGUGUGAAGACCCAAAUUGAUAUUGUUAUGGCCGCAUUUGCAUUGCAUAAUUAUAUUCGCAUUAACUCAGUCGAUGAUCCGUUGUUUACAGUGUUAGAACAACAACCAAAUUAUGUACCCGAAGAUGAAACUCAAGAUGAACUCGAGGAUCCUGAUGAGAAUAGUAAUUCUUCAAGAGGGACAACUUCUGAAAUGAGGGAAGUUCGUGAUAACAUUGCUCGCUUAUUAUGGGAGUCAAUGUGA